AUGACUUUUGAUGAUCCAUUCGAAGAGGAUAAGGACUCACGUUCAUACUCCUCUAGCCCCAAGGACAAAGGAUCCUACUCGUGUGCCCUUGGUACCAAUUACAAGGUUUCCUCCUUGGGUGUCCUCCUUCAAUUCAAAGAUGACAAUCAAAUCCCAAAGACUUUUAAUCCACUCGCGGAUGAUAAGGACCCAAACUCCCCUAGCCCUAAGGGCUCCUACAACGAUACUGAUCAAAUCCCAAUGACUUUUAAUCCAUUCGCUGAUGCUAAGACCGCGGGGGCCCCAGGAACCAAAGAGUACAUACACAUUCGCAUCCAACAAAGGAAUAACAAGAAAAGCUUGAAGACUAUUCAAGGUCUGAAGAAAGAAUUCAGCUACGAAAAGAUCCUUAAAGACUUCAAGAAAGAGUUCUGUUGCAACGGGAAUGUUGUCCAGGACAAGGAACUAGGGAAGGUCAUACAGUUACAAGGCGAUCAUCGCAAGAACGCUUCACAGUUUCUUGUCAAUGCUGGCAUUGCCAAGAAGGAAAACAUCAAGAUUCAUGGUUUCUAA